AUGGAUGCUAAUUCCAACUCCAGAAUCUUUCACAAAGCUAAUCUCGUAAUCGUUUCACUCAUCAUCACGGGGGUAGCCUUGCAACUGCUCACCGUUAACUGCGCCAACGUAGGUUUAUCCAGAACAAGCGUCGUCACUGUUCUUAGCAUCGACGGUGGCGGCGUUCGAGGCAUCAUUCCGGCCACCUUACUUUCAUUUCUCGAAUCAAAGCUUCAGGAAAUAGAUGGACCUGCAGCACGAAUUGCGGAUUAUUUUGAUGUGAUCGCCGGAACGAGCACCGGAGGAUUGGUGACAACUAUGCUUGUGGUUGCUGGUGACGAUAAUCGUCCGAUCUACUCUGCGGAAGAUAUUAAACAAUUCUACUUUCAUCAUUCUCCGAAGAUCUUUCCUCAAAUAAGCCGCAUCAAGUUCUUGAAUAAAGUUGCAAGCUUCUUUGGGGCGGUCGUCGGACCAAAAUACGACGGUAAAUAUCUCCGAUCAGUAACGAGGCAAAUACUGCAAAACCGAACUCUCAAACAGACCUUAACCGAUGUGAUCAUACCAACCUUCGACAUCAAACGCCUUCAGCCGAUUAUCUUCACCACUGACGAUGCGAAAGAGUUUGUCUGGAAAGACGCUCUUCUAUCGGACGUAUGCAUAAGCACCUCGGCAGCUCCAACGUUUUUCCCACCUCACUAUUUUGAGACCAGCGACGCCGAUGGAACCACACAUGGAUUUGAUCUAAUUGAUGGCGGAGUUGCAGCAAACAAUCCGACGCAGGUGGCGAUCACGCAUAUACUUAAAGAAAUCUUGAUCGGAAAACACAAGUUCUCCGAUAUGGAGUCCAUGGACGGCAGAAGGAUGCUCGUGCUUUCGCUCGGCACCGGCAUUCCCAAGCGAGAGGAGAAAUACAAUGCCAGGACAGCUUCAAGAUGGGGUUUGCUUAAUUGGGUCUUCGACAAUGGUUCGUCUCCGAUAAUCGAUAUCUACAGCGAUGCAAGCUCCGAUAUGGUCGAUAUUCAUGUCUCUACUUUCUUCCGAACCCUCCAUGCCGAAAAGAAUUACCUACGCAUUCAGGAAGACAAUUUACUAGAAGACACGUCGUCAGUGGACAUUGCGACAGAUGAGAAUAUGAAAGCGCUUGAGGACAUAGGAACGACGCUACUAAACGAGAAGGUGUCGAGAGUGGAUUUAGAGACGGGUAUGUUUCAAGAAGUCGAAGGAGAAGGUACGAAUUCUGAAGCUUUAACUCGGUUCGCCAACUUGCUUUCCGCGGAGCGAAGGCGUCGGCAAAGGUAAUUCGUUCGUUUACCGUUUGGUAGCGAAGUAGCGUAGUUUUGAAAUGUGCUAAGAUUCUUUCGGGCUUAAAGUAGCAGUUGAUAUUGAUGGUUUUACACGAAUACUUAUCGCUUUUAACGAGUUUGUAUCC